UAGUGCAUAGGAACGUUGUAUUCGUGCAUUGUUUCCGUCGAACUGUUUUUGUGGAGCACCGAGGCGGCGCUCCGGCGGACUUUUUGAUUUCAGAUGUGUUCAGCGCUGCCCAACAGAAAGAAAAUGUUUACACUUAGCAACCAAAAUAAUGAAUUCUACAGCGACGCUUGUUUUUGCUUCCUUACCUUUGACACACAUUGUUAAAUAUAGUUUAUAAACUCAUGUCAAGAGUCAGACUGAUGACAUGUUAAUUAACAUCCACCUACUAACGUGUUUAUCAAAAACAGUACAACUUCUUCAGAAUGAGCACCUCGGGUCCUUCUCUGAAAAAGAAAAGCUACAUGGGGCAGCACCAGAUCAAGAAGAAAAAAAGCUUCCAAGCUCCUGAUGAGCCACCAGACGGAGACAGACUGUUACAGAAAACCAGUUAUCUGUCAGGCAAAACAAACAUCAACAGAGACACCCUCAUGGGUGGAGGAGCGGAGUUUCCACUGGGAGAAUCCACAUUAGCUCUCGAUGAAGAGAUGCUGCAGGUGUUGGAUGCUGUAGAUCCCAUGAAGCCUGCAGCUAACAAUGCUUGUCAAACAACAGUAAACAGAGAUGCACAGGAAGAGCCAGCAUCGUCAGCUGUCUUUGCCCCUUCACGGUCUCUUGCACCAGUUGCAGACAAUAAGAGGGAGAGUGGCAGAGCACAUCAGCCCACAGGACCACACAGAGCCCCCAGCACCCAGGAGAGAGUCUGUGGGCGUAGUGGUGAUUGUAAGAAACCAGGAUGGAGAGCUGACUGCAAAGACCUUGCUCAGAGGCUUCUCUUCAGUGAGGACUUGGAGGAAGUGGAGCAUGCUCACAGGGGUGCAGAGAACAUCCAGUCACUGCAAGACUCUGUCUGCAUCAAUGGGCAAUCUAGUCAAGAAAUAAAAAAACGUCAGCAAGUAGGCAGCUCCACCAAUAGGCAGAAACCUACAUCCAGAAGUAAGAGCUCUCCUCGUAGCAAGGACAAAAGUGGGCCAAAUAUGAAUGCUGAUCCAUCUCUGGAUGUAUCCAGGGACUACAUCUUGUUCAGCCCCACCCGCCUCGCAGCGGCCAUGAAGAAGGCCAAACUCCAGCAGUCACUACAGAAUCAGUCCGCUUCUGUGCUCACAGUCCCCAGUGGCUUAGACCUCAGUACUCUGAGUGACACUUUACCUCGGCCAGGCAUCGCCUUGUGUGCUCCCGCGGGGCAAGCUGAAAAGCUGCUGUUAUCUAGUUGGGGCUUACCAAAACCUGUCCUGGAGCGCUACCAGAAACACGGAGUGACUCACAUGUUCGAAUGGCAGGCUCAGUGCCUCACUGUUGGACAGGUGCUGCAGGGAGGUAACCUGGUAUACUCUGCCCCCACUAGUGCUGGAAAAACUCUGGUGUCAGAGCUGCUGAUGUUGAAGCGUGUAUUGGAGACUAAAACAAAAGCUCUCUUCAUUCUGCCAUUUGUCUCUGUGGCCAAAGAGAAGAUGCACUACCUUCAGAGUGUAUUCGAAGAGGCAGGAGUUCGUGUGGAGGGAUAUAUGGGCAGCACCUCGGCUGCUGGAGGGUUCACAGCACUAGAUGUGGCUGUUUGCACCAUAGAAAAAGCCAAUUCCCUCAUUAACAGACUAAUUGAAGAGGACAGUAUGGGUCUACUAGGUAUGGUGGUGGUGGAUGAGUUACAUAUGGUUGGAGAUUCUGGAAGAGGAUACCUACUAGAACUGCUCUUAACCAAAAUCCGCUACAUUGCACAGAAGCAAAACACCACUGGGUCUCUUUCUGAGGGUGUACAGAUCAUAGGUAUGAGCGCCACCUUGCCUAACCUCUCCCUCCUGGCUAGCUGGUUAGGUGCAGAGCUUUACCAGACAGACUACAGGCCUGUACCCCUGCAGGAGCAUCUCAAGGUGGGCUGCAACAUCUACGACAAGAGCCUCUCUGUGGUGCGGCAGUUCACUCCUGCACUCCACAUUAAGGGUGAUGAUGACCACAUAGUGAGCUUGUGCUAUGAGACUGUGAGAGAGGGCCGCUCUGUGCUGCUGUUCUGCCCCUCGAAGAACUGGUGUGAGAAACUGGCAGACAGCAUCGCCAGAGAAUUCUACAACCUCAGACACGCUGAUUGUCAGGGCGAAGCAGAGCCUCAGCCGGUGUGUCUGGAUCGAGAGGGACUAGUGGACAUUAUAGCCCAGUUGAGACGAACUCCAGCUGGUUUAGACCCCAUCCUCCAGCGAACUGUGCCAUGGGGGGUGGCCUUCCACCACGCUGGUUUGACGUUUGAUGAGCGUGAUGUGUUGGAGGGAGCUUUUCGCCAGGGCAUGGUCAGAGUCCUGGCUGCCACCUCUACACUCUCUUCAGGGGUUAAUCUCCCAGCUCGCAGGGUCAUCAUUCGAACCCCCACCUUCAAUGGACACUUGUUGGACCCACUCACAUACAAACAGAUGGCUGGACGAGCAGGGAGGAAAGGGGUAGACACUACAGGUGAGAGUGUGCUGGUGUGUAAGGAGGCAGAGCGUCAGAAAGGUAUAAGUCUCCUCAAGGGUGCUCUUCAGCCAAUCAGCAGCUGCCUGGUAAGAAGGGAGGGAGAAGGUGUCACCACCAGCAUGCUGCGAGCCAUCCUAGAGAUCAUUGUUGGAGGUGUAGCCAGCGCUCCACAGGAUGUGAGGCUAUACGCUUCAUGCUCACUACUGACUGCCAGCAUGAAAUGUGAUGGCAAAAAAGAAUCAAAUGAAAAGACCAACAAAGGAGCUAUUGAGGCCUGUGUUGACUGGCUGAUGGACAAUGAAUUUAUCAGUAUUCAGAAGGACGGACAAGAGGAGCGGUACUGUCCGACUCAACUUGGUGCUGCCACCCUUUCCUCCUCCCUGUCCCCUCCUGAGGCUGUGGGAAUAUUUGCAGAUCUCCAGCGGGCCAUGAAGGGCUUUGUACUGGAAAAUGACUUGCACAUUCUGUAUCUGAUCACCCCGUUGUACGCAGAGUGGACUACCAUAGAUUGGUAUCAGUUCUUCUGUCUGUGGGAGCAGCUCUCAUCAUCGAUGAAGAGAGUAGCAGAGCUGGUGGGCGUCCAGGAGGGUUUUCUCGCACGAUCUGUCAGUGGCAAACUUGUCGCAAAGACAGAGAAGCAGCGUAGACAGAUGGCUAUUCAUAAACGGUUUUUCACCACCCUUGUGCUACAGGAUCUGGUGAAUGAGGUGCCUUUGGGAACAGUGGCAUCCAAAUACAAUUGCAAUCGUGGGCAGUUACAGUCUCUCCAGCAGUCUGCUUCUACAUAUGCAGGUAUGGUAACAGUGUUCUGCAAGCGCCUAGGCUGGCACAACAUGGAACUGCUGUUGUCCCAGUACCAGACCAGGCUGAGCUUUGGAGUCCAGAGGGAGCUGGUCGACCUUGUCAGGGUUUCCCUCCUGAAUGCAACACGAGCCAGAACACUCUACGCACAAGGCCUCUGUACUGUUGCUGAACUAGCCAGGGCUACUGUGGCUGAUGUGGAGAAAGCCUUGAGGAAUGCUGUCCCAUUUAAGAGCUCUAAGCGUGCAGUGGAUGAGAGUGAGGUGGAGGCAGCUGAGAGACGGCGCCUCCGCUGCGUCUGGGUCACCGGUGGUCGGGCCUUGACGGAACAGGAAGCCGCUGUUGAGAUAGUGUCUGAGGCAAGACUCCUCCUUCAGGAAGACCUGGCCCAGUUAGGAGUUCAGUGGGACCCGGCAACACUGCCUCCUGGGGCUCCUGCUGUAAACAGCCCCGAUGACCAUCAGAGCAGGGACUCGGACACCUCAUCUGCCUCAUAUCUCAGUUCACAUGAAGCACAGAUGGACAACAUUAAAGAUCACCAAGAAGGAGACAGGGUCAAGAAAAGUGAGAGCAGAGAUAUUGACAGACAUGGGGAGGAGAAUAAGGAAGAAUAUAAAUGCGAGGAAAGGGUUUCUGAAAGGAAAAUGCAAAAGAAGCAGCAAGCAGAAGGAGAAGCCAAAAGAGAGCAGGGGAAGUCCAAGCCUGAAGACAUGGUAAUAAACAGAAAAUUGGAGGAGCAUAGAAAGGAAGCCAGGACAGAGCCAGAUAUCAGACAAACAGGCAAUAAAGUACAACUGCAAAGAAGCAAAAAAACAAACAAAGAUGAGACAAAUAAAAAAUUAUUAAUGGCAAAUGACACAGAAGAUCCAGAUGAAAAAAGAGAAGGACAAAAGCGCACAAGGUCAGAGCAAGGAGGGGACGAGCGCAAAAAAGCCGAGCCAAAAGAAGGGGAGACAAGUAAAGGGAUUGUCUUAAUCAGACAUGAGCAAGCAAAUCGUCCUGUUCCUGAAAGGAGCCUGACUCAGGAAUUGGCUGAGAUUGUAUCCAGCCCCCUGCCUCAACCAAUGCCACGUCCUCAGCCCUCCCCUUCCCCAAUGGCUCCUCCUCGGUUUAGAGCUCCAAUAUCCCGAGUAGAAGAACAACACAGUGUUCCUACAAGGACAUCAAAAGGAGAUGGUACCACAGGGCUUGCUGCCUCACCUGUGCAGCCAGGUACACUGAGGCACGCAAGAGCCUUAAGCAAAGUCCUCCACUCUAUACAGACUGACAAAAGCCUACAAGAUAAUGUAGAGACUGCACAAACAACACACUCAAAACCCACAGUAGUUUCUUCAGUCCAAAAUUCAGCACCUGGAGGCCAGUUACCUACAACCGUUCAAGCUCCUGGCCCUGUGCAAGGUGUUUCUACACCUACAAAUGCAGAUAUGCUAGACUCUCCCCUGUCUGUCUCUCCUGCCUCUGUUCCCUUAUUCUCUCCUGAGGCCAAGCGAAGAAGGACAGACGGCGGGGAGGUAGAUAAGUUUUCAUCUCCCGAGCUGUACGCAGGAGGUGAGAGAGAUGAAGAUGUUGAGGGAGCUGUUAAAAAAGGAGAAGAUAGUUUUGGUGACAGCUUUGAAUUGGACACUCAGACAGAAAGAAUCAUUUUUCAACAGACGUGCCAACACAGAGAUGGGAAUGAUCGAGGUAUGAAUCAGUCAGUAGAAACAAAAAAGAUAAGAGGGGAGGAAAUGGUAGAAGCGGCUGUAGAGCUGGAUAAGGACACAAAAGAGGGAAGUAACAGACUUGAAGCCCCUGAAAAUGCAUGUCCCAGAUUCAAUAUUUCUCUCACAGAUAGCCAGAUGGAGCUCAUUCUUAACACCAGCCACCAGAUUUCUCCUGGUCCAGGUGGUGAUAAUGGAGUUGAAUAUAAAGAUGAAGGUGGUGAUGAGGAUGAGGCCCUCGGUGCAGAUCAGGCUACCUCUGAGAGUGUCAACAGAAGCAGUAGCUUCCUGUUCGACAGCCUGUAUGACAGCUCUCUGCUGGCUGGUUUGAGCCCACACCAGAUCCUUGACCAAUCAGACGAAGAGGAAUCUGUUGGCCAGGAAAUCAGAGACAAGUGCCCUCUUCCGUCAACCCAGGAGCGAAGACGCAGCAAGCUUCUCACCAAUCAGGAGGCGGAAAAGCAGGAGGCAAUCCAAUGGGGUGAGUCCUCCUUAAACCUGUCAGAGUGGGGCGACUCAUUGUUGGUGGGCGAACACUUUCUGGAGAGGCAGAGCUUGUUCAAACACACAGAGAGAACUCAAAAAGAGCAAGAAGCCAGUCAUCAGCAACCCAACGCAGACCAUGUUCUGCCUGAGGAACAGCUGCCAAAACCUAAACCCAGUCAAAUACAACCACAACCCACCACGACAACUACUACCACAACUGAAAAUGAGUACAACAAGACUAAAACCAGUGAUAAUAAAGGCCAUACACACAAAAGUAAACAGUAUAAUAAUGCACAAAAUGACAAUAAACCAUGCGGGAGACUGGAAACGAUGAAUGGAGAGGGUGAAAAUGAGAAGCAAGUUGAGAAGAAAAUAAUGGAAGAGGAGGAAAAGGAAGAGCACAUGUAUGCUUUAUUUUCAGAUAAUGCAGUUGUUAAACACCCAAAUGUCCAAAAUGCACCUGAAAACACUCUUUAUUGCAGCCCUGGUUUACAAGACAUCUUUGACCGCUGGCCUAGUAUGUCUGAGCAGCCCUGGCAAAACACAACAACAGGCCACACAGCCACUCAUACACUUAUUAAUGCUGCAAAUACAGCAGAAGUUCCAGAUCUACCUCAGCCCUCAAUACAUGUGGACAGGAAAAGGGGAAAGCCAAAUGUGCAGGUUGUUGCAGCUGAGAGCGUUUCCCAAGAGAAACAACCCUCAAGACAUGACAGUGAGGAUGUAGCAGAGAGACCAGGCUCUGCUGGUGAUCUCAUUCCCCCAACUCAGGAAACGCCACCUGUCACACCCAGAGUAAAACUGACCACCUCAUGUGUCCAGUCGCCUCUCACCGCUCAGCCACUCAACCAGUCGACUCCCUCAACCUUCCUGCCACGGAGACCAGCAAUCACAAAAUGUCACCUCUCAGAAGCUGUUGCUGACACUAAGCAGCCGAAUUCCACAUCUGAUCGCAGCCACGAACACCAGCUGAGACAGAAACCAAAGACUCUACCUGUUCCAAGUUCAAAAACAAAACCCCUGCUACAUGCCAACCAGAAUCUCAGCCCUCUGCGAGACUGCGCUUCUCCAUCCUCCCCCCGGCCGAAGCUUCCCUCUGACGUAGAAUCACCUGUGACUGAUGAAGGCUUCACUCUUCAGCUGUCCGAGGAUACAUCGCUCUGUUCCAGCAACUCUGGGACCUUCUCCAUCAUAGACGUGGCAAGUGACAGGCGCCUCUUCGACACUUUCAUUAAUGAGUGGAAAACAAAGGAGCGGUACUCUCUGGCCUUGGCCUGUGAAAAGAGGGAGCCCAGACAGCAGCCUGAGGGGGAAAUAGGAGGGAAACAUAAGAAAGCAUCAGCAGCUCAUCAGAAGCCCCACAGGGUCGACGGUUUUCCAGUAAGAGACAGUGAUGGACUGGUGUUGAUUGGACUGUCUGUCUGCUGGGGAGCAAGAGAUGCGUACUACAUGUCUCUGCAGCAAGAGCAGAGCAAAGGUCUGAGCUCCAGUCUGGCCCCUCCUCCACUGGAUGAUGAUUUGCCAGUAAGUGAGAGGCUGGGGCAGGUGAAGACCUGUCUGAGCAGGCCAUUGGCUGGUCAUAGAGGAGGUGUGGUUGUUACAUAUGACAUCAUACAGGUGUACAAGAUGCUGGUCCUGAGUUGUGGCUUCAGCUUGGAGGGAAAUUGUGAAGAUCCCAAGGUUGCGUGCUGGCUAGUGGACCCCGGCAGUGAGGAGAGGACUCUACCCAACAUGGUGACUGUCUACUGUCCUGAGGAAUUACCUCUGCUGGACGGACUUGGGAAUGCGCAUGCACACUGUCCUCGUGUUAGGGCAGCUACCAAGAGUGUGCUCGUACACACUGUCAUGAACCAUCUCACUGGCCUGCUAGAGAAAGACGGCAUGCUUGACUUAUUCAGGAGUAUUGAGAUGCCCUCCCAGGUGUGUUUGGCUCUGUUGGAAUUGAAUGGAGUGGGCUUCAGUGUCGAAGAGUGUGAAAGACAAAAACAUGUGAUGCAAGCCAAACUCACAGCGCUGGAAUCUCAGGCUUACAACCUGGCUGGACACAGCUUCUCCCUCACCAGCAUCGACGACAUAGCACAGGUGUUGUUUUUAGAGCUCCAUCUGCCUCCAAACGGUGAUGUGGGAGGAUUGAAAAGUAAGAAGACUCUUGGCUACGGCAGGAGAGGCGGUGGCAGAGUACGACUUGGAAAGCAGUUCAGCACCACCAAGGAUGUUCUGGAGAAGCUUCGCCUCCUGCACCCGUUGCCAGGUGUGAUUCUGGAGUGGAGGCGCAUCACUAACGCACUGACUAAAGUGGUGUUCCCCCUGCAGAGGGAGAAGCAAUACCACCCUACUCUGACCAUGAACAGAAUAUACCCCAUCGCCCAGACACACACAGCCACAGGUAGAGUGAGCUUCACUGAGCCCAACAUACAGAAUGUCCCCAAAGACUUUGAGAUUCACAUGCCCACGGUGGUGGGUGAGAGCCCACCUUCACAAGACAGCUGCCACAUGACCUCCAAACCAGGAAAGAAGAGACGUUCUGUGGUGCCUUCAUUUGCAGCUGGCAGUGCAGAACAAGGCCCAGCCUUCUCUGUCAGCAUGAGACAUGCCUUCGUACCUUUUUCAGCUGUCUUUCUGUACUGCACUGUAGGUGGGAUGAUAUUGGCUGUUGAUUAUUCUCAGCUGGAGUUGAGAGUGUUGGCUCACCUCUCCAAAGAUCAACGCCUUCUGCAGGUGCUGAAUGGAGGAGCAGACGUGUUUCGCUGCAUCGCUGCUGAGUGGAAAAGUGUCGACCCAGAGUCCGUGAACAACAAUCUCAGGCAACAGGCAAAACAGAUUUGCUAUGGCAUUAUCUAUGGGAUGGGAGCCAAGUCUUUGGGGGAGCAAAUGGGAGUGGAGGAGAAUGAUGCGGCCUGCUACAUAGAGAGUUUCAAGGCCAGAUACAAAGGGAUCAAUGCUUUUCUUAGAGAAACUGUGAAGAACUGUAUUAAGAACGGCUACGUUCAGACUCUAAUGGGCCGUAGGAGAUACCUACCUGGGAUCACUAACAGCAAUGCGCACAUCAAAGCACAUGCAGAGCGUCAGGCAGUGAACACAACUGUACAGGGUUCAGCAGCAGACAUUGUUAAACUCGCCACUGUGAAUACCCAGAAACGACUACGAAAAACAUACCCUGCAGCUCCACUCUCUCACCAGCACACACACUCAGCCAGCAAUCACUGCAGAGCUGGGAUGUCUCAACUCAGAGGAGCCUACUUUGUCCUGCAGAUGCAUGAUGAGCUCAUCUAUGAAACCACAGAGGAAGACGUCAUACAGGUUGCUCAGAUAGUCAAGAGGGAGAUGGAGUCAGCGGUAAAACUGUAUGUAAAGCUUAAGGCCAAAGUCAAGGUGGGACCCAGCUGGGGCAACUUGCAGGAUCUAGAUAUAUAAUGUGAAUGUUUAGAUGUUUGAUAUCGGAAUAAAAUACCAUGCAUUUAUUGCUUAUGGUUCUAUAAUAUGUUAAUACUAUCAUUUGUACUGAAAUUAAUAUUUUUUUAAUCACUACUUUAACAAUAAUGAAAUGUAAGAUAACCCACAGUCUAUGAUUGCACUAUGAGCUCAAAAUGAACUAUUACAUGUAUUUAUAAUUCUAUUUUGCGGUGUACAGUGUCACAAAUUAUACACUUUUGUAAAAAAAAAAAAAAAAAAAAAGAAUACUGAAUUCCCAAUACUUGUCAUGAGAUUUUUAUGCAAGGUGAUAUUCUGCUAUGUAAGAAGUGUUUCUUCUAUAUUUUGAAAACCUGUGGCUUCAACAAACAAUUAUUUUCAUUAUCGAUUAAUGUGCUGAUUGUUUUUUCAAUAAAUUUUUUACCUCAGAGCCCAACGUGA